AUCGUUAAAAGAAAACCUGGAGCCUAACAUAGAAAAUAUGGUCAAAAGAACGGACGGUACCGAAUCUCCCAUUCUGCCGGAUUCAGAAACAGAUGGUCAUAGUGAUAAACCAAAACCCAGAUAUGGUGAAUUAGUUAUUUUAGGAUAUAAUGGCUUUCUGCCGCAAGGAGACCGAGGACGUCGCCGUUCCAAAUUCGUGCUCCACAAACGAACAGACCCCAAUGGUGUAAAACGUUCAAAACACUACAUAGUACAAUCGCCACAAACAUCACAAGCCAUAUUAGACACGACGCAGCACUCAAUAUCGUACACGUUAUCGCGAAAUCAGGCAGUCAUCGUGGAGUAUAAGGAGGACCCAGAAACGGACAUGUUUCAGGUGGGUCGAUCUUCAGAGCAACCCAUAGAUUUUGUCGUCAUGGACACGUUACCGGGCGACAAAAAAGACGCAAAAGUGCUCCAAAGUACAAUUUCACGUUUUGCCUGUCGUAUCUUAGUGGAUCGCAACGAGCCGUACAAGGCGAGAAUUUAUGCAGCUGGUUUUGAUUCGAGCCGAAAUAUAUUUUUAGGGGAAAAGGCAACAAAAUGGCAGGAUAAUGUAGAAAUUGAUGGACUUACGACAAAUGGCGUGUUGAUAAUGCAUCCAAAGGGAGACUUUUGUGGAGGAAGUGCAAAAUGUGGCUUAUGGCGGGAAACUUCGGUUGGCGGUGAUGUCUUUAGUUUACGGGAAUCGAGAUCGGCGCAGCAAAAGGGACAACCUAUUUAUGAUGAAUCAAAUGUACUUCAAGAUGGAACUUUGAUCGAUUUGUGCGGCGCUACUCUACUGUGGCGAUCUGCUGAGGGACUGCAACAUUCACCGACAAAACGUGAUUUAGAGAAAUUAGUAGAUGAAAUAAACGCUGGCAGACCACAAUGUCCCGUAGGCCUCAACACGCUCGUAAUACCGCGAAAAGUUACAAUGGGCGAACACAUUAACCAGCCAUACGUGUAUUUGAAUUGUGGUCAUGUGCAAGGACAUCACGAUUGGGGGCAAGACAAGUCCUCGAACGCACGCAAAUGCCCGAUGUGUCUUGAAGUGGGGCCUGUCGUGACGCUCUGUAUGGGCAUCGAGCAGGCCUUCUACGUGGAUUCGGGCCCGCCAACUUAUGCAUUUAAUCCCUGCGGACACAUGGCAACCGAGAAAACUGUGAAAUAUUGGGCUAACGUUGAUAUCCCCCACGGAACAAAUGGCUUCCAAGCUGUUUGUCCAUUUUGUGCCACACCGCUGGUCGGAUCUCCCGGCUACAUCAAGCUGAUAUUCCAGGAUAAUCUGGACUAGAUAGUCUCAUACAGCGUCAACCCAUUCUCAAAGACUUCUUCUCUUCAGCAACAUCAAAGCCACGGAACGAAAUAUGAACCAUUCAAUUUAUCGAAAAAAUACAAAAAACUU